AUGAAUGCGAAUAAUAGGGAAAGUAGCCAGGACUCAGUAAAUAAUGAAAUCCAAAUGGCAAAGUCUAAUGGCUAUGUCGAAGAACAGUUCCCUUUGUUUGCUUCAUUGUUUCAGCAAAAACAAGUUCCUCCAAUUGUUUUCUUUCCCUUUAUGGGAUUUUUCUUUUUGCAGGUACUUUUUGUUGCCCUAUGGCCAUGGAGUGAAUACUGGGAUCGUCAUCAAGAGCACUCCAUUGUUCCAUGGAUUCGGACAAUUUUAUUUUUCAUUCCUCAACCAUCCAAACCAUUAUACUACAUUAUAAUUUCAUCGAUAUUAUUCGGGUUAACGGCAUUCACCUUUUUCUGCAAAUUAUUUGCCAUCGAAUAUUACAAAUACAAAAGGAAAUUCAUAACAUUCUUCAAUCAAGAAAUAUCCAUCUACAACCAUACAAUAUUGUUCGCUUCAUUUGUUCCAUCGAUUGUUGGAACAGGAGAAACGUUUCUUAAAAUCGCCAGAGGAAACUAUAGCGCGUAUUAUAUUGUUUCAUUCAUAUUUUACGCCCUUACACUUACAUACGAAUCAUACUCAUUUGCAUUAACACAAAAAUUAGCUUCAAAAUCUCUUAAAAUAAAUGUAACGAUGUUGUUUAAUUUUGAUCCUACGGUUAUGGUUAUUACAUUAUAUGCAAUGCUUGUAACAAUAUUAUUAUACUUUUUAUUGAAUCUUUUCGAAGCUUGGUCAGAAAUUUUCAUUUAUGUGAUCUGUAUCUUGAUUUUUGGCUACCAAACAUAUUACAUGUUGAUGAAUUUACCAUUCUUUGACAUGGUCACACAAAGUUUAGCUGUUGGAUGGUUCGUAGGAUGUGUUACUGCAAAUUUCAUUUCUAUCUUAUGUUAUUUCUUUCCAAAUAUGAAAUAUUCAGUUCCAUUGCUACUAACACUCAUCACCUAUAUAUUCUUCUCAGGCGUGGCUCUGGUUUUCUUCAUAUUUAAAAUAAAUUAUAUCAAAAACGAAAUGAAUCAAGAAUUCAAAUACGAUGAACAAGCAUUUGAGUAUUAUGACAUAAUCGGUCUCAAUUUCAGUAGAAGUAGUGCUUUAGUUCAUUUGAAAAUUGCAUUUCAAUAUAAUUGUGUUUGUUUCACAAGUUUGUCUUUAGUUAACUACUUGAUAGAAAGGUAUGACGAGGACGAGUUAGUUCUAUCUAUGUGUCUUCAAUUGCUGUCUUUCUUUCCAAAAGAGACGAGAUUACAAAAACACAUUCAAAAAUUACUUUUGAAAAGGAGAAGACUCAGUUUUACAACAAGAUUUCUAAUAUACCAACUUGAAUCACUCAAUGCAAUUAGAAACUUCUCAAUAAAUCAACAAAGUAAAAUCAAAUUAAUUGAAUUAAAAACAAUGAGUCGCCAAGUUGAGAUGAUGACUAAAGCAGCAUUAGACAACAACAAACUCACAGCCAAUUAUUUCGAAACUCUCUCAGAAAAAGCAAUAAGAGCCAAAGCAAUAUGGAAAGAAAACAUCCAAAACAUGCCAAAUAAUUCGAAAUUGUUGGAAGAAUACAUCAGAUAUUUAGUUGAAGCAGAAUGUGAUUUCACAGAAGCUGUUUAUAUGAAACAUAGACAGAGUGUUAUAGAAUUAGGAAAUUCAUUCUCUGUUGAUUAUUCAUUUAGAUCAAUGGUUGCAGCAUUUCCGAAUUAUUUGAAGAAAAAAGUUGUUGAUUUCAAUGGCAGAAUUUGUACAAAAAUCAAAGAAGAAAGACUCAGUUUAGAUAAGAAUAACUCAUUCCUUCAACAGUCAAAUGCAUCAUUUAAUGAAAAAGCAAGUGAUUACUCAAACUCUGAUUACAGCAAAGAAGAAUUAGAUGCAGAAACAGAAGAGUUUUUCGGAAAACAAACAAUUUUGUUGUCAAAAGUGAGAUUGGCAUUACAUAGAACACUUCUAAACAAAAUACCUUUGUCUAUCAAAUCAAUUUAUUUUGUUUCGUUUAUUAUGACUUUGUAUAUUUUGUUAGUUUUCAUAUUAGGAAACACUUUAUCUGUUAUACAAAUUGAAAAUCAAGUUGAUUCAAUGCAACAACUGAAAAGUUUAUCUUUGACAAGGUUUUAUUCUGCAUUGGCGAAUAUAGACAUCAUCAUGGAAUUCACCAGGGAAAUUGGCCAGAUACAGCAGUAUACAGCUAAACUCAAAGAAUUCUUAAGUGAUGAUGACAGACCAUUCAUUAUUCCUUUCGAUUCGAUGCUCGGAGAAAUUAUAAAUUACACAACUUUGUCAAGCCAAAAUUUACAUGAUCUCAUGGAAUUAUUAGCAGAAAGAAGUAUAAAAGGUGAUGAUGUCUAUGACUACGCAAGCUCAUUAACUAAUGAAACUCUUCCUAUGUAUGUUUGUUUUGCAGGUGGAUACAAUUAUUAUCCUGCAAGUUUGGCUUCAAUUGCAAGCCAGAUGUUAGCUAACCAAAGAUUAAUAGGUGGAAGACAAUCUAUAAUAGAUGCAUUCUCUGAUGCCGGUACUUGCGAAAUAACAACUAAUUUCGUACCUUAA